GCCGGAGUAUUUAAUUUCGACACACACCAUGGAUCCCAUCACUUACACGCCGACUUCACCGCCACCGCCUUUGCCAGAAUAUUACUCCUCCGAUCUUGGAUCCCCGGUUGGUAUACCUUACCCGGGAUCGCCUAACCCUCAUUCACCUAGGCGUCUCAGUUCUUGGAUUGAUAAUUCACAGCAGGAAAAACCAAAAGCUCUGUAUCGACAUGUUGAGUACGGUGCGGUUGUUCCAUACUCCCCCUGGGAUAAUCUCACAGUUCCUGCGAGUGGACUGGAUUUCGUGCCGGAGGGAAAAGGAUUUGUACCCGGAACCGUUAUUUUUCCGGAAACCUUCUUUUUAUCUUGCCCAGGAACAUGUCUCGCGAAAUGUCAAACAUGGGUUGCUCUGUUAGAGGCACAACAUGCGGCCUAUGCAAAUCAUCACUCUGAACUAGUGUUCAAGAUGCAAGAGAUGGAAAGAGCAAUGAGGCGUUUGGAAUCUCUCCCGAAAGAUUGGCUGAACUUUGAGCUAUACAAACUUGGGGAGAUGUCACCUCCGCUUAGGGCUUACUGUGCCUUUCAUGAUGGUAGUACCUGCAAUUUUGAGUUGGAUCUUCCAGGAAUCGAUCCAAACAUCCGGAAAACUAUGAUGCUGAGGUUGAGGGUGCAGGAAAAACCAAAAGCUCUGUAUCGACAUGUUGAGUACGGUGCGGUUGUUCCAUACUCCCCCUGGGAUAAUCUCACAGUUCCUGCGAGUGGACUGGAUUUCGUGCCGGAGGGAAAAGGAUUUGUACCCGGAACCGUUAUUUUUCCGGAAACCUUCUUUUUAUCUUGCCCAGGAACAUGUCUCGCGAAAUGUCAAACAUGGGUUGCUCUGUUAGAGGCACAACAUGCGGCCUAUGCAAAUCAUCACUCUGAACUAGUGUUCAAGAUGCAAGAGAUGGAAAGAGCAAUGAGGCGUUUGGAAUCUCUCCCGAAAGAUUGGCUGAACUUUGAGCUAUACAAACUUGGGGAGAUGUCACCUCCGCUUAGGGCUUACUGUGCCUUUCAUGAUGGUAGUAGCUGCAAUUUUGAGUUGGAUCUUCCAGGAAUCGAUCCAAACAUCCGGAAAACUAUGAUGCUGAGGUUGAGGGUGGUACUGGUGAUGUUUAAAAUCUUGUUGGCUUAAGGAUGCCGAAGCUUAAUCUACUCAUAAGCUAAUGUUUUAGACACAUGUGUUUGUUUAAUGUGUUCUUCAACAGUCAACGCAUUUCUUUAUGACAAUUUCCUCUGUUCAAAAUCUAUAAAUCCUUUCUUAUUUA